CCAACGGUGCUUCUGUUUCUUGCACACUAUUUCCCUCACUUUCUCAUAGACAUAGAAAAACAAAGCAACACAGUCUUUUUAGUUAGACAAAGAAAGAAGUGUGUGAAGAGUUGUUCUUUUUUGUUUUUCAGAAACUGUUUUUAAGGGUCUUGUUGGGUGAGUAAUAUUUAUAUUACUUUCUUUUUUCCUUUUAACUAGAAACCGGAAAGGUAAGCAAAUUUUUGUAAUAGGUUUUAAAUAAAAAUCCUUUUUUUGUUUUGAAAUGGGUCACUAUCAAAAAGAUGAAAUCUAUCUCUAAAAUGGUAGUAAAAUACAAUUACUUUCAGUUUGAGACCAUGAACUUCUAUCUCUCUACUUCUCUAUCACUCUCUAUCUCUCACUGUCAAUACUCUCUCUAUGUGAUUGAAUAAUCAUUUGUCCUUUUUAUUUGCUUGUGGUAAUCGUGUAUGUCAAGGUGGUGUCACCUUUUUUGCAGGUUGGCUCAGUUCAUUGUACUGAUAAUAAACUAUACUCGAGAGAUUAUCUGGGUUCCUCGAAAUUUGAAUUCUUAUGGGUUCAGCAUUCAAUUUUUUAAACUGGUUUGAUUGGUUUUAAGGCUAAAGGUUGAAUCUUCGUAACCGAGUUCGAGAUUUGAAGCCUAGUAAAAAAUGAACUCUCUUAUUUAGAGACCACGCAUAGAAUCUGAUACGCUCAGGAAAGGGGGAUUUUUGAAAAAUGGAUGUCCAAGAAGAUAGCUCCAGAUUUGGUGUGUUGCCAGUAACCACUUUAAGGAAUAUGUCAUCAUCAUCUUCGGCAUUCUUUUCAGCAAAUCAGUCACCUUUCUUCUCUCCAAGAUCACCAACGUGUCAAAUAUCUGAAUCAACAAGGUCAGAUGCUCAAUGUGACAGUAUUCAUUUAAGCGGUGAUCCUCUUAGCUCUACUUCAGGAAAUCCAGAAUAUGCAUCUCUUGCAAAUGUCACAGGAGCGUUGCCAGAGAUGUCGAGGGAUCCAGUUGCUGAAAACGGAACUGACUUCCAGAAGUUUGAUCGAAUAUUUUCCUCAACUGGCAUUUCUAAUAGCUCCCCAUAUUGUUACAACUUUGCCCAUGAUAAUGAUUAUUCUGGGUUCAGGGAGAAGCACAGAAAACAUGGGAGAAGCCAUGAAGCAUCACAUACUCCAGUGUCAGUUUCCCUUUCCUGUAACAGACUGAGGAGCUGUGAUGUCUUUCUAGGUUUGCAUGGUUGUAAACCUUCUUUGCUGAGGUUUGCUAAUUGGCUUCGUGCUGAAUUGGAGGUUCAAGGGAUAAGUUGUUUUGUAUCUGACAGAGCUCGAUGUAGGAACUCACGGAAACAUGAACUUGUUGAGAAGGCAAUGGAUGUUUCUUCUUUUGGAAUUGUAAUCCUAACGAAGAAGUCAUUUCGGAAUCCAUAUACCAUUGAGGAAAUGCGGUAUUUUGCAAGCAAAAAGAAUUUGGUGCCAGUAUUCUUUGAUUUGACCCCAGACAAUUGCCUAGUCAGAGACAUAGUUGAGAAGAGAGGAGAGUUGUGGGAAAAACAUGGAGGUGAAUUGUGGCUUUUGUAUGGUGGAUUGGAGAAGGAGUGGAAAGAAGCUGUUAAUGGCCUCUCUCGGGUUGAUGAUUGGAAACUGGAAGCUCAAGAGGGUAACUGGAGAGAUUGCAUACUGAGAGCUGUCACACUUUUGGCAAUGAGGUUGGGAAGGAGAAGUGUGGUAGAACGGUUGACUCAGUGGAGAGAGAAGGUAGAUAAAGACGAGUUCCCUUUCCCUCGAAAUGAGAACUUCAUUGGUAGGAAGAAAGAAUUGUCUCAACUAGAGUUCAUACUUUUUGGCGAUGUCAGUGGAGAUUCAGAAAGAGAUUACUUUGAGAUAAAGGCAAGACCCAGGAAAAAGAAUUUGACUGUUGGAUGGAAUAAGAGCAGUUCAAUGGAAGAAAAACGAAGCGAGAAGGGAGCCAAAAAAGGUAAAGGGCCAGUUGUGUGGAAAGAAUCUGAAAAGGAGAUUGAGAUGCAAAGCACAGAAAUUUCUCAAAAGCAGCGGCAAGUAAGACCGAAGAAUGGAGGACGUUAUGCUAAGAGAAAAAGAUCAACAAAGAUUGUAUAUGGGAAGGGGAUUGCUUGUGUAUCUGGGGAAUCUGGAAUCGGCAAAACGGAGCUUCUUCUGGAAUUUGCCUACAGAUACCACCAGAGGUAUAAGAUGGUUCUAUGGAUUGGAGGAGAAAGCAGGUAUAUUAGGCAGAAUUAUCUGAAUCUCUGGUCAUUUCUGGAAGUUGAUGUUGGCAUUCAGAAUUGCUUAGAAAAAGGCAGGAUGAGAAGUUUUGAGGAGCAAGAAGAGGAAGCAAUUUCUAGAGUUCGCAAAGAGCUAAUGAGAAACAUUCCCUUUUUGGUGGUUAUAGAUAACUUGGAGAGUGAAAAGGAUUGGUGGGAUCAAAAACUUAUAAUGGAUCUUCUUCCCCGCUUUGGUGGAGAGACUCACAUCAUAAUUUCCACACGACUCCGUCGUGUGCUGAAUUUGGAACCCCUGAAACUCUCUUACUUGUCAGGUCUUGAGGCAAUGUGUUUAAUGCAGAGAAGUGGGAAAGACUACUCAAUUACAGAUGUCGAUGUCCUCAGGGCUAUAGAGGAGAAAGUGGGAAGACUAACUUUGGGCCUUGCAAUAGUAGGAGCAAUUUUAUAUGAGCUACCUAUAAACCCAAGCAGGCUAUUGGACACCAUAAAUAGAAUGCCCAUGAGGGAGAUAUCAUGGAGUGGAAGUGAAGCUCAUUCAGUCAGGAGAAACAUUUUUCUGUUUCAACUGUUUGAGGUAUGCUUCUCAAUAUUUGAUCAUGCAGAUGGGCCAAGGAGUUUGGCAAGCAGGAUGGUUCAGGCCAGUGGUUGGUUUGCACCAGCUGCUAUUCCUGUUACUAUAUUAGCCUUAGCUGCAAACAAAAUGCCUCGAAAGCACAGAGGGAGACAUUUAUGGAAAAGGUUAUUGCAUUCCUUGAGUUGUGGUCUUACAUCAUACAUCAGAAGGUCAGAGGCAGAAGCAUCUUCCAUGUUGUUGAGAUUUAAUAUUGCAAGAAGUAGUACCAAGGAAGGCUAUAUCUAUGUCAAUGAGCUUGUUAAGCUUUAUGCGCGCCAAAGAGGAACAAUGGUAGUUGCAGAGGCCAUGGUUCAAGCUGUCAUCAGUCGUGGAUCUAUAUCCCACCAUCCAGAUCAUAUAUGGGCUGCAUGUUUCCUGCUAUUUGGAUUUGGCAAUGACUGUAAAGCCGUCGAGGUGAAGGUGUCAGAAUUGUUGUACAUUGUUAGAGAAAUCGUUUUGCCUCUUGCAAUUCGGACAUUUAUUACAUUUUCUAGAUGCAAUGCUGCACUGGAGCUCCUUCGCCUAUGCACUAAUGCUUUGGAAGCAGCAGACCAAGCUUUUGUUACCCCAGUUGAGAAGUGGUUGGACAAAUCACUAUGUUGGAGGCCCAUUCAGACGAAUGCUCAGUUGAAUCCAUAUCUUUGGCAGGAGCUAGCCCUAUCAAGAGCCACUGUGCUGGAAACUAGGGCAAAGCUCAUGUUGAGAGGGGGACAGUUCGACAUUGGGGAUGAUUUAAUAAGGAAAGCUAUUUUUAUUAGAACUUCGAUUAGUGGUGAAGAUCAUCCAGACACUAUAUCUGCUCGCGAAACUCUAAGCAAGCUCACCAGGCUUCUUGCCAAUAUUCAGAUUUACACUUCACCAUAGGCUAUAUUUCUUACAAAAGGAAGAGGGGACCUAUUUAAUACUUAGCAUUUAAGAUUUGGCCAACUCGGGAUACAUUGCUGCUGCAUCAGAUUUUAAAACAGGAUAUUCUUGUACAAGUAGCCUUGCAUCCCGAAACAUGCUAUUUCUAGGAAGAGGCCAUUGCAGAACAUUAUAUGGCAGGAGUUCUUUCCCUAUAGACAACCAUAUGUGGCGUCGGCGCGUUGGGAAUGAUCAUUGUUGUUCUUCCCUCAUUCAGCAAGAAUGGUGAUCAUAAAUGAAGUUGCCUUCUUGUGGCACUAUCAAUGGCGAAGGUUGAUGAUCCCCUGCUCUAUUUCUGGUUCUGUAGUAUAUUACUGCUAGACUGAUGAGUUAUCGUCAAAGUAACCUCUAAUACAGCCUCUAUGGAGAUAUAUUUUAGUGCUUCAUAUUGGUGCAGAGUUGAAACAUGUAACAGACAGGAUCUCUAACCAGGGCCAAUUCAGAAAUCUUUUCUGCUCUAUUUAUUUAUUUAUCUAAUUUAUUUCAUUCUUUCAUUUA